CUGAUCCCCGCGCGACAUAUAAGUCGACGCUUAACCACCAUUAUUGUUGAUGCACCAAUGCAGCCACCGCUCAACUGCAUGCCUGCCAAUAUCUGCUUCGUCAUGCACACGGGAAAACGGCACAGGACGGCACUUCUUUGAAGGAUGUCGCGCACCUGUUGCAGUACUACAAACUCCAAACCAGGGGUGCUCCAAACUGUCGACUGGGAGGGGUGGCUGCGAGACUACCUUGCGCCGUCAGACGGCCGUCGCCGGCGCCGUGGGCCCACGCUCGCCGCGCUGCAGGGCCUUGUCGGCGACAUCCCGCCAUCAUGGUGGAGUGCAGCGCAGGCUCACGCCGCACAGCUGGCGAGCCCUGGCCCAGCGCCUGUCCCGGCGCCGUCCACCAGUGAGGUCGUCCGCACCACCAUCAUGCCGCGCAUGGGCUGGAAGCUCUCUGGCUCUGAGACCCUCAAAGUCCCCCUAGCGAAGCUGUCCGUCCGCAUGGCCACAUCCAUGCAGCUGGACGAUGUGGCCACGCGGCGGGCGGACCUACACGAGGAUUAUGAGCGCGCGGCACAGGGCCUCCCGCCGCGCGCUGUGGUGCGGCGGGAGGACCUGCCAGCAGCUGCGGCUGCAACGCUUGGCGCCAUUAGGGACACCCUGGCGCGCCUUUGGCAGAAGGUGCGGUGGGAACGGCGACACUUUGAGACGCUGUGGCGAUUGGCCAUCGACGCAGUGCCGCUGCCGGGAAACUCGCAUAUGCCGUUGGCUCGCCGUGAGCCAUGCGGCUGUGGGCAACACGGCCAUGGGGGCGCCGCGGUGGAGGCACACGCCGCCGCCGCGCCCACGCCACGGCAGCACCACUUCUGGGAUUGCGCGGUGGCGAAGGCCGUGGUGGCGCAGAUCAACGCACACAACCCCGGUCCGGCUCCCAUCAGCCAAGCCCAGCUGUGGCUGGUUCAGGCGCCGCCGGGUUUUCAGCAGUGUGUUUGGGACGUGGUGGUGAUGGCGGCGCUGGCCGCCACAGAACAUGGCCGGGUGCGGCUGCGCGGGAUGACGCGCGCCGCAGCGGCCCUGGGAAUUCAGACGGCGGCGGCAGCAGCUCCCGAGGCUGCGGUGGCAGGUGCAGCGGAGGCGGAACCCGAUCUUGACGAGAUCCCGCCCACACAGCUGACGCCGCCGCAGCCAGGCGUCAACCCCGUCGAGCUUGCGUGCGCUCGUGCAGUCGCGGACUUCUGGUCGCGGCUGAUGCAGUUCGCGCAGCUCGGCGUGCCCCAAAAGGGCUGGGAUGGUGUUGACGCCACUCACCCCAUCCUGGCGGUGGUGAACGGUGAAAUGCUGUGCGCGAUGCCGCAAGCUAUGGAGCUGGAGGCUUGAAAGGGAUCAGCCCUUAGGAGAAGCGCGUGAGCACUAACAUGAGCCACUGAAGCAGUGGCAUACGAGAGGGUCAGCGGGGGAGCUUAGUGGGCAGGCGAAGGGUUUUUGUUUUACGCCCGUGGGAGCAGGGCCAGGUUUGCGGGGUUUUAAUGCCUGAGAGGGUGUAUUGGGUGCUGCAACACCCCGGGUCUUACGACCUGGACCGGCCUAGUGGCCAGACGCGUUUGUGGCUGCCCUUAGGCAUUGUCUGCCCUUGCGUCGAGAGCUGGUUAGGUUGCGGUUGAGGUCGUGCAGGCUGCCGGGUCGUAGGACUCAGCCCCGCAGCCACUGUGGUCGUGCUUUCGCGUGCUGUCGCGUGCUGCGUGUUUUGAUAUGUUUGCUGUUUUUUGUCUUCUGCCCGCCUGGUUUUUAAGAGGUAGCUC